AUGGGCUGUGGACAAAGCAAAAUCCAUCUCUAUCCGAGGAAAAACAAGAGCAAAUCCAACGGCAAGAAAAGUGGACACAUAGAGGAUGCCGACGCCGACGAAGAAGAUGGACACAACGGCCGGGACGAGCGGGAUCGCGAGAUUAAUGGCGAAAAGGAGAAACUGGACGAGGACGGUUCGCUGCUGGACGACGGUUCCCCGGAGCCACCGAACGGUGAAAUCGUUUCGAUACUGCGGAAAAACGGAUCACUGCUGCAGAGCCAGUAGGUUUCAUCAUCAAGGGAAAUUUCCACCAGUCAACAAAACUUUUUUCGAAUGUUGGAUCAAAAAAUUGAGGAGGGACCCGACUAUGAUUCGAGCAGCGAAACCGAGCUGGCACUGGAAGAGGCACGGAUGAACGCCCUGGUGCAGCACUGGGAAUCGGCCAGCCUGACGACGUCGAUGUGCUCUUCCACCAGCCGGUCACUUCAGGGAACUCCGGUGCGACAGGUGCCACUGAGGCAACCUCCGCUGAGGCCCGCAUUCCAGCAGCCGCUGAGUGCCGAACUGCUUUCCCAGCAGCAAUUGCUCAAACAGCAGCACCAGCUGAUUCUGCAGCAUCACCAGCAGCAAUUGCAGCAACAGCAACAGCAGCAGCAGCACCAGCAGCAGCAGCAACAGCAACAGCAACAACAGCAAAUCAUACACCAAAACUUCAACAUCAACAUGAGCAUCAACAGUCCGAAACGGGUCAUCGGUAGUGGGAAUGCCGUGAGCGUGGGCGGCAUUCCGGUUGGGUUGGAAGGUCGCCAGUUGCUCUCGCAAACCAUCAUCCACCAGAACUACGGCGUACUGCAGCCGACACCGACCGCAUCGCAGCUUCGUCCCAGCUCGGGGAGAACUCUGCCGACGCCGGUUCAGUGUUUGCAGUUGUCCUACUACCAACAGCAGCAACAGCAACAGCAACUACAACAACAGCAAGCCCAGGGCUUGGUCAGUUCACUAGCGGGCGUAGGCCCACUGCAGCAGUACCAGCAACAGCAAACGAUACCACCUCAUUCGUACUACAAUGAUAUUCUGAGGCAUCCUCUACAGGUAGGCUCCGGACUAUCGUCCAGUCAACUCCAAUCGCAAGCCGGCGGAGGAAUCUCGUCGGUGUCCUCUUCGCUAGCAUCGUCCGGUGGUCCCUCCUCAUCGGUACUAUCCGUCGGUGGCAGCGGGAGUCUUCUGUCGUCCAGCCAGCUCCAGCAGCAGCAGCAGCAACAGCAACAACAGCACACGUCACCACCACAGCCACCGGAUGCACCCCGUUUCCCACCAGCGAUAUCGGUUCAACGUCUAGCACCGCAAGUUCAACGUCAAAUCCGCGAAACGCAGGAGCUGAUCAAGGACAGUUGCUCGCAGCUGUACGCCACCAACAACUACGGCAGCCCCGGGCCGCCUCCGAUGGCACCGCUGCGCUCGAAUGCGGCCGCUGCGGCCAAUGCCGUUGCGGCGGCUCGGGCGGCAGCGGCGGCUGCUGCUGCGGCCGCUUCCGUAGCCCGACGACCGCCGCCACCACCCUCGUUGGAGACACAGUAUUCGCAGGAACUUUCGUGAUA